AUGCAAGUCGAGCUGUUUCCUGGCAUUUCAACUUUGCUUCUUGGCCCCGAUGGUAACGAAGUUGGAUUUGCCGCGCUUUCCAACGAGCUUGGCGCAAGGAGGACCUCUUCAUAUGCGUCCCAAACUGGCCACUUUCUUACUGCAGAUGAAGAGAUGAUUGUACUGCAGCGACUUAAACGCCAUAAGGAUUUUCUGCGGGAGUCUGGCUACUCGAACGAUUUCGUUGCAGGCACAGACGGUUUCGGCGCAUCGCUGGGCGCCUCAGGCCGUUGGGAUCUUGGAAUUUUCCAGGAAAAUCUGCGACGAGGCGUUGAGCAAAUUGUUCGGUCUAUGAAACCGGGCAAUGGGCCACAAUCUACAUCGAGCCAGACUUACAGUCCUUCGCGCUCGCCAUCCUUGUACGGGAGGCAGACGCAAGAUAUCAACCGCAUUGUUUCUACGUUACAGGAUGUGUAUUUUAGUGUAACUGGCAUGAAGCAAACAUCGAAAACUUCUUUGACCAACGCGCGCGCAAAUGCGCCGUCUUCGUCUUGGAUGAAUAAGUCCGGUUGGGAGAGCUCCUACACUACUGAUGUAUCACAAGGCUCCAUAUCCUUACCGCAACAUGCGACGCCGAACCUCCAAUCGACACCGAAUUACUCGUUUGGGGCCAGUCCGAUGACUGGUACGCCAAACCAGUCCAUGAGGAGUGCACCUCCAGACAUUAUGCACAACCAGUCCUUUGGGAGCGCUUCGUUUACUGAUAAUACGGCCCAAAAAUUUUCGCCGGGAUCGGCUAUGCAGGAUUAUCCGCAGAUUACCGAUUCGGUCUUUGUGCGUCGCGGUAAGCCAUCAAUCUCAGAGGAGGUGUUCCGCACGCAGCAAAUGACGGAAGCAUUGAAACCUCAAAGCGCCCACAAGAAUGAGCCCAGCUCUGCGCUGAAAUGGACAAAGUCGCUCACACGCAGGAAAUCCAAGAAACGACUGAAUCGCACAAUCUCUAAUCCGCAUCUGGUAUCCACUACUCAGAACCUUGACAACACUAUCGACCUGGGCAACUUUCCAGUCGACACGCGCACCACUGAGACUGCAGUCAGUGCCAUACAGCCGAACAUUCGACCUGUUCCGGCUAUGUUUUCCGACAUUCAGCACGACGAGAAGGCAUCACCUAUGCCUACCAGUGCUGCGACAAUACCGACCUCGCGAGUCCGCUCUCAUACUUCGGCGAAUAGCCAAGAAACGCCCAUCACGCCGAGGACUUCGCAUGGCUCUUCUCCAAUCCGCAAGAGUCUAUUGGUGAAUAUGGGCAUCCAAGAACCGAGCCCACUUAUGAAGGAUGCGCAACUUCCGCCCCCGCCGAAACUUCCUCCGAAGCUUUCUACCCGGCCUACAUUGACACAGCCCAUGUCGGUGCAGGCCCCCUCCAACUCGAUUGGUGCCACGCAUCCUUUCUACACGCACAUCCCGGGGCUUGGUGCUUUGGAUACGAAUGGACAAGCGGUCGAUCAGUCUGUGGACAACAGCAUGUAUACAUCCAAGAGUUUUGCCGGUACGACCAACGUCGGCAAUAUGAGCCAGUCAAUGGAAUGGCGUCCCGAAUCGAGAGUCGACGAGGCAGACUCGCGCAAAUCGAUUAUCUCUUCCCAUGCGGGCGAUGUGAUUACAUUCCCUUUUGAGAAAGACACCGGUGAAGGGACCUUGGAUAUACACACAGACCACAUACCGGAGUUCACUACAACGACGCCUCUUAAAAAACCUUUGCGAAGCAGCAAAGUGUCGAUUGUGAAACCUGGCACACCUAGAUGGUCUCCUGGACACAGCGUGUACGACAUGUAUCUUGACAAGUCUGCAGAUGAAGACAGUAUCGCUCCUCGCGGCUCUGUGUUACGAAAGAUGGCCACGCACCGUGAUGCUGCUCAAAAAGCGGCUGCACGAGGACUGGAAGAUGAGCACGAGAUGCUCAAACUUGCGUCACCAGCCGAGCGUUACGAUGCAGGCCGCGAGUCGCGUUUCUUCCACGGAUCUCGUGCUGAAGCGGACACGUCGUCAAUCCGGUUCAGUCGCAAUGACAAUCCUAUCUGGCAAGUCCUUGGCGGUUUGCAUGAUCGGUCGAGCAUGUAUAGCGAGAUGGAGCAACAGAACAAGCGGCUUAGCGAUAUGAGUCUCAUGUCGCGCCGCGAUGAUCCGCGCGCGUUGGACCGUAAUUCCGUUUCCUCUGAUCAUGAAUCAGCACGCCUGCUGUUUAAAAAGGCCGCUACUGUGCAACAAACUGCGCCAGAGUUUGCCAACUUUGAUCUGAACGAAGUGUUGAAGACGCGAAACUCACCGUCUCCUAUUCCAUCUGAUUUCGAAUCCUUGCAUGAAAUACAGCGUUUGGAAAGCGCGCAGCCGUCGCAGGAGUCAUUUACGCCACAUGUACAUGCAAAGUCUCCGGUACAGCUACCAGCGCAGUCUCCACCGCAGCUGCCACCGAAACUGUCAAUGCAGUCUCCACCGCUGUCAUUACAGUCUCCGCAGUUUCCGCAGUCUCCACUGCAGCUUCCUCCGCAGUCUCCACUGCAGCUUCCUUCGCAGUCUCCACUGCAGCUUCCUCCACAGCUUCCUCCGCAAGAACCCUUCCCUGCGCUUGGCCCAGCGCAGCUGUCCGUCGCAGAGGGUUCGCCAACCCUAGACGAACGCGGAAUGCCUGUCCAAGUGGUAUACUACAACGACGACGAACUCCCACAGAUCAUGGACCAGAUUGCAGAAGGAAACAGCUCUGCACGAAUUGAAUUCCGCCGGCGCAGCACAGCAACGAAUAAAGAAGGCGAAACACAACUUACGCGUAUGGAGCAAAGCAUUCUCUCCCUACUGCGCCCCACGUAUUACAAAACACCGUAA